AUGUCUGUCUCUUCAAAGCCGAUCACUUUGGCUCGCAUCGAGGACGCGACGCUAGGAGUCUUCUCCAAACUCCCUCCCUCAGAGACUUUGAGCCAUCUUGUCCGGUUCUUGAGCACAUGGAGCGGUAGCGACAAGUUCUUCAUGCUCGUGCAAUACACCGCCAAGUUGAUCAUACCUUUUCUUGAAUGGCGCGCUCGUAUCCAACACAAGAAUGGCUUCCGGAAGAUGCCCGCGAGCCCGUCGGCGGAAAGGCUCGCAAAGCUGGCCAACAACAUCAGCGAUGCUAGGAUGUUCUUCAGGAUCUGGGGUCUGCUUCCCAUCUUCCAAUGGCUCAUUUCCCUUGAGCGCAAUCCUUCACCCACUCGGAAGCUUCGUACCAUCGAACGUCUGCAAGGAUGGUCUAUGCUUGCGUACUAUCCCCUUGAGCAUCUCUACUACCUCUUGACCCAUUCAAUCAUUCCGGACAAGAUCUCCCUGCCCUCGUACACAACAUUCGUUCCGUUUAUCCGCUCGCAACCCAGCGAGAAGACCAUCUCGCUAGACGCCGGCGUACUGGGAUUGUACUCGGUGCGCUUUUGGGCGGCAUACGUCGUCCUGCAACUGGCGCAUCUGCAAGAGGAUAAUAAGCUGCUGAAGAUGCGCGAACGUAGUUUGAGCAAGACCAAGAAUGGUGGUACCCCUGUCGAAAAAGAAGACAUUCGUAAAAGGAGGGAGGCUCUGUGGAAUGAGCUUGUCGUCAAUAUGGCAUAUCUUCCACAAACGAUCCACUGGUCGACCGAAAAGGGGAUAUUCUCGAACCCGAUCUGGCUCGACGUAUGCGGGUUCGUCGCCGGCGUCGCCUCGUGGAGGAGCGGCUGGGAGGCGACUGCGCUGCCAUCUCCGCCGACUUCCGCCCCCGAUACCUUGCCUCCACCGAUGGAGCCGACCGAGGAGAAGUUGGCACCGUACAUCGAGGACCCGCUCAAGGAUAUCGUCAUCGAGGCACCGGGGUUGGACGAGAUGUAA